CACUACCUGUGGACACUCACAGAACAGGUUCAUUAGCAGGGAGCCACCAUGGCCGAUAAGUCCAAAUUUAUUGAGUACAUUGAUGAAGCUUUAGAAAAAUCUAAAGAAACUACACUUUCUCACUUAUUUUUCACCUAUCAGGGGAUUCCUUACCCCAUCACCAUGUGCACCUCAGAAACUUUCCAAGCGCUGGAGACCUUCGAAGCCAGACAUGAUGACAUUGUGGUAGCAUCUUAUCCAAAGUGUGGUUCAAACUGGAUUCUCCACAUUGUCAGUGAAUUAAUAUUUGCUGUUUCUAAAAAGAAGUAUGAAUAUCCAGAAUUCCCAGUUCUUGAAUGCGGGGAUUCAGAAAAAUAUCAGAGAAUGGAAAACUUUCCAUCACCAAGGAUUUUGGCAACUCACCUCCACUAUGACAAAUUACCUGGGUCUAUCUUCAAGAAUAAAGCCAAGAUAUUGGUGAUAUUUCGAAACCCUAAAGAUACAGCAGUAUCUUUUUUCCAUUUCCAUAAUGAUGUCCCUGAUAUUCCAAGCUACGGCUCUUGGGAUGAAUUCUUCAGACAGUUCAUGAAAGGACAAGUUUCUUGGGGAAGCUAUUUCGAUUUUGCAAUUAAUUGGAACAAACAUCUUGAUGACGACAAUGUUAAGUUCAUAUUAUACGAAGACCUGAAAGAGCAUCUGGCUGCUGGAAUAAAACAGAUUUCGGAGUUCUUGGGAUUCUUUCUAACUGGGGAGCAAAUUCAAACUAUCUCAGUCCAGAGCACUUUCCAAGCAAUGCGAGCGAAAUCUCAGAACACACACGGUGCUGUCGGUCCAUUCCUUUUCCGCAAAGGUGAAGUUGGUGAUUGGAAAAAUUUGUUGAGUCGAACUCAGAACCAGGAAAUGGAUGAAAAAUUCAAAGAGUGCUUAGCAGGCACUUCCCUAGGAGCAAAGUUGAAGUAUGAAUCAUAUUGCCAGGGUUGAUUCCAGUCAAUUCAGCAGGACUCAAUUGUUUUUCCUUAAUAAUAAUUAAGUUUAAAUAAUUGAAUGAUAAUUCAGUCAAAUAAUCAAAUAAUUAAAUAAUAUUGAAAUCUAAACAAUACAAAUUUAAUAAUAAUGAUAACAUCUGAAAUUUUUAAA